AUGCUGCCCACCCCCUUCUCCGUUAAGGACAUCCUGGAGCUGGAGCGGCGGAGCGCCCCCGGAGCCCCCGGGGCUGGGCGCUCACUUUGCUUUGGGUUUUUGCUCCCUGCAGGGAAACGUUUGCUCGCCCACCCCUUGGAGGCAGAGGAGAAGCAAAGCGACCCUUGCAGCCACCCCAAGCAGCGACACCGGCGAAAACCCCGCGUUUUGUUCUCCCAGGCUCAGGUGUUUGAGCUGGAGCGGCGCUUCAAGCAGCAGAAAUACCUCUCGGCUCCCGAAAGGGAGCACCUGGCCAGCGUGCUCAAGCUCACCUCCACCCAGGUGAAAAUCUGGUUCCAGAACCGACGCUACAAGUGCAAGAGGCAAAGGCAGGACAAAUCCCUGGAGCUGGCAGCCCACCCGCUGCCACCGCGCAGGGUGGCGGUGCCGGUGUUGGUCAGGGACGGCAAACCUUGUUUUGGGGGGUCCCAGCCUUACCCAGCGCCUUAUGGCAGCCCGUGCCCCUAUAGCAGCUGCUACGGUGCCUAUAGCAGCAGCCCCUAUGCUGGGAGCUCUGGGGGGGGCUACGCUGGGGUGCUGGCACCGUGA